AUGUCGGCCGUCCAGGAAAAGAAGGACAUCAACGCGGCAAAGCCCGCUUUCACGACUACGUCGUACCCGGCGAUCCCGAACGCUCCUCUCCCCGCUGAGGGCUCGGGCUCGUUCAACAACUGGCACCUCGCUGCCGUUGACCUGCUGGUCCCCUGGCUUGUCCAGCGCUGCCUGCCCUUCCGUACCGGCUGGACCACGUACUGGAUCCUCUUUGUGCUCCUCUUCCUCCCGCUCACUGUCGGCUACUGGAUCGUCACCUCGCGCUAUGGUCCCCGUAUCAACGAGAAGGUCCCCUUCCCCAACCGUCCCCUCAGCACCUACUACACCAUUGUCGACAAGGACUUCAAGGCCAAGUGGGAGGGCAAGAAGAUGCCCAUGCAGGUGUUCCACGACGCUUACUUUGAGGGCAAGAUUGACUUUAACGGCGACGUCCUCGACGUCAUGGAGUACCGCCACGACUGGUCGCUCUUUGAGCUCUCGAUCGACAACUUCCGCUACGUCCUCUUCAACCUCGUUCCCGAUGUCAUCCUCCACUCGCAGAAGCAGGACGAGGACCAGAUCCGUGACAACUACGACCGCGGAGACGACUUUUACUCGUGGUUCCUUGGACCUCGCAUGAUCUACACUUCGGGUGUUAUCCGUGACAUUAACCGUGAGGAGACCCUCGAGGAGCUCCAGGACAACAAGCUCAACAUGGUCUGCGACAAGCUCAACCUCCAGCCCGGCGACCGCAUGCUCGACAUUGGCUGUGGCUGGGGAACCCUCGUCGCCCACGCUGCCAAGAACUACGGUGCCGACGUCACUGGUGUGACUGUCGCCAAGACUGGUGCUGCCUUUGCUACCCAGCGUCUCCGCGAGAACGGUAUCCCCGAGUCGCAGGGCCGCAUUCUCUGCAUGGACUACCGCGAGAUCCCCCACCAGAAGGGCUACUACAACAAGAUUUCGUGCCUCGAGAUGGCCGAGCACCUGCUCGCCGACGACGGUCUCCUUGUCUUCCAGGUCGCUGGUCUCCGCAAGUGCUGGCAGUUUGAGGACCUCAUCUGGGGUAUCUACAUGAACAAGUACGUCUUCCCCGGUGCCGACGCCUCCCUCAACCUCGGCUGGGUCAUCAACGAGCUUGAGCGCGCCGGCUUCGAGGUCAAGUCGUGUGACGUCCUCGGUGUCCACUACGCCGCCACCAUCCACCGCUGGUACAAGAACUGGCUCCAGAACAAGGAGGCCGUCGUCGCCAAGUACGGCGAGCGCUGGUUCCGCAUCUGGGCCUACUUCCUUGCCUACUCGGUCAUUGUCGCCCGCCAGGGUUCGUCGUCGGUCUUCCAGAUCACCCUCCACAAGAACCUCAACGGCUUCCACCGUAUCGAGCAGGUCCCCACCCACGCGUGCACCCAGGUCCCGGCCUCGCGCAAGAUCGACCCCGUCGUCUCGCACACUGCCCUCUGGCCCGAGCACUACGGCGGCGCCGCCCCCGUCCCCGUUGUCGCCGCUGCCGUCGAGCCCAUUGUCGCUCCCGAGCCUGUCGCCGCCCCUGCGCCCGUCGCCGCUCCUGAGCCCAUUGCCGCUCCCGAGCCCGUCGCCGCCCCCGAGCCCGUCGCUGCCCCCGAGCCCGUCGCUGCUCCCGAGCCCAUCGGCGCCGCCCUCUAA